ACAAUUUCGCCAUUCUGUUCGAAAAAAUCGUCCGGUUAACAACAAUGAUAUUGCUGAAUUGUGCUUUGUUUGUUUUCGGUUGUUUGUUGUCUUCGACUGUGGCACAGAAGAAAUUUAAAUCAAAACACCUGCCAAAUUAUAUAUCACCCUGUCGACUAUCGUCCGAUCUGUCGGAUUGCAUUGUGAAGCAUGCUGUUGCAAGCAUUCCACACAUAUCGAAAGGAGACCCAGAAUUUGGCAGUCCGAGCUUAAACCCAUGGGUACUGGAAAAACUUGAAUUGAAUCCAAGCAGCCAACUGAAAAUCCUUUUUACAAAUUGUGAAAUAUAUGGUUUAAAUCGUGCCAUUUUAAAAGAUGCGAAGAUCGACUUUGAUAAGAAACGCGUUGAUAUAGUAGUUUAUGUUGAACAAAUAAAACUUGAGUCUCAUUACAACAUGGAUGGACAGAUUUUAGUAUUACCUAUUAAAGGAGAUGGAAAGACCAACUUGGAGUUUGGUGAUUGUACAUUCAACUAUUCUGUGGAUUACGAUCUGAUAACAAGAAAAGAUGGCAAGCAAUAUGCUGCAAAUAUUAGACCCGAUAUAUCUUUCAAAAUAAACAAAGCACAUUUUAAUUUCGAAAACCUGUUCAAUGGCAAUAAACAGCUAGGUGACAACAUCAACAAAGUAUUAAACGACAAUCCACAAGAUGCCAUCAAUGAACUUGGUCCGGCAUUUUCGAAUGUUAUAAAUCUAGCAGCAACUACAAUUAUACGAGCAUAUCUAUUGGUAGUCCCAUUUGACGAACUAUUUGUACAUUAAAUUCCGUGUGAUUUUGUUAUUUUUUUUAUGUCUGUGUAGAGAUAAAUUUACAUAAGGGCUUAUCGUACUGUUGAAGUAUUAUUAAUGUUUAUAAGUGUAAUUUAACAAGAAUAAAACUGUAAA